UCGCUGGCGGGGAAAAACUACGAGCCUCACAGAUGCUGGGAGGAUAUUUUCGACGCGAUAACCAAUGCCAAACAUUUGAUCUACAUAACCGGAUGGUCUGUUUACACCGAGAUCACUUUUGGUGAGAGACUCCAGGAGGCCUAAACCAGGAGGUGACAUGACUCUCGGCGAGCUGCUCAGAAGAAAGCUAGCGAAGGCGUUAGGGUUCUGUUACUUGUGUGGGACGAUAGAACAUCGGUCGAUGUGCUGAAGAAAGACGGGCUCAUGGCUACUCACGAUGAAGACACUGAGAACUACUUCAACGGGAGCGAUGUUCACUGCGUGUUGUGUCCGCGUAACCCUGAUGACGGUGGUAGCAUUGUGCAGAACUUGCAAGUCUCCGCUAUGUUCACGCAUCAUCAGAAGAUCGUCGUCGUGGACAGCGAGGUCCCGAGCCAAGGAGGAGGGGCGGAGAUGCGGAGGAUCAUGAGUUUCGUCGGUGGUAUCGAUCUAUGCGAUGGACGUUACGACACGCCUUUCCACUCCUUGUUCAGGACGUUGGACACGGUCCACCACGAUGACUUCCACCAACCUAACUUCACCGGUGCUUCGAUCACCAAAGGUGGUCCUAGGGAGCCUUGGCAGGACAUCCACUCUCGUCUCGAAGGUCCUGUGGCUUGGGAUGUAUUGUUCAACUUCGAGCAGAGGUGGAGGAAGCAAGGUGGUAAAGACAUUCUCGUUAAGUUGAGAGAGCUUAGUGACAUUAUCAUCACACCUUCUCCUGUUAUGUUCCAAGAGGAUCAUGACGUGUGGAACGUCCAGCUCUUUAGGUCUAUAGACGGUGGAGCUGCUGCUGGGUUUCCCGAGUCGCCUGAAGUAGCUGCUGAAGCUGGUCUUGUUAGUGGGAAGGAUAAUGUGAUUGACAGGAGUAUCCAAGAUGCUUACAUACACGCCAUAAGACGUGCUAAAGACUUCAUCUAUAUCGAGAACCAGUACUUCCUUGGAAGCUCUUUUGCAUGGGCUGCUGAUGGUAUCACACCUGAGGAGAUCAAUGCGCUGCAUCUGAUCCCUAAAGAGCUGUCUCUCAAGAUCGUUGACAAGAUCGAGAAAGGAGAGAAGUUUAGGGUUUAUGUUGUGGUUCCUAUGUGGCCUGAAGGUAUCCCGGAGAGUGCAUCGGUGCAAGCUAUAUUGGAUUGGCAGAGGAGGACCUUGGAGAUGAUGUACAAGGAUGUUACUCAGGCUCUCAGGGCGCAGGGGUUGGAGGAGGAUCCUAGAAACUAUCUGACGUUAUUCUGCCUUGGAAACCGUGAGGUCAAGAAAGAAGGAGAGUAUGAGCCUGCAGAGAGACCAGACCGUGACACGGACUAUAUGAGGGCCCAAGAAGCACGUCGCUUCAUGAUCUACGUCCAUAGCAAAAUGAUGAUCGUUGAUGAUGAAUACAUUAUCGUUGGGUCUGCUAACAUCAACCAGAGGUCAAUGGAUGGUGCAAGAGACUCUGAGAUAGCAAUGGGAGGGUAUCAACCACAUCACUUGUCCCAUAGACAACCAGCUCGUGGCCAAGUCCAUGGCUUCCGUAUGUCACUCUGGUACGAACACUUGGGAAUGCUAGAUGAGACCUUCCUAGAUCCCUCAAGCUUGGAAUGCAUUGAGAAAGUUAACCGCAUUGCUGAGAAGUACUGGGACUUUUACUCAAGCGAGUCGCUGGAACAUGACCUUCCUGGCCACUUGCUGCGCUACCCGAUUACUGUGGACAAUGAAGGUAAUAUCAGUGAGCUUCCAGGGUUUGAGUUCUUCCCCGACACAAAGGCUCGUAUCCUCGGAAACAAAGUAGACUACCUACCUCCAAUCCUUACAACCUAAGUUCACUGUCUCUACAUUGCUGCUGCAGUAGCUUUGAAUAAAUUGAGUGUCUCUCUCUCUAUCUAUCUACCUUGAGAACUAAUAAGUUGGUGUGAUGAUAUGCACUUUUGUACUCCUUUGGUUUUAUAUUCGUACAAUGACAUGGUGAUGAUGUAACUUUGUGGUCUUUAUGUACCUUAUUUAUGUCUUAUGUAUCGUUCAACUUGUGAAACUUGUAUUUGAUCUUAGUUACACU